UUCCCUGGUGCUAGAUUAAAAAAAAAAGACGCUGAGGCUGUACACAGGUAGUGCUGGUAGAUGAUGCCAAGCAGAGCAGAGAAAAAAAUCUUGAACAGAAGUAUUCCCUGUGCAUCAGGUAGAAUAUUCUAUUUUAGUUAAAUGUAAAAUCUGGGACGAGUAAAUGCCUGCAUGAAAACCUUUAGCUUCUAUGUCUUCUCAUCUGAGGGCAGAUGGUCUAACUUUGAAGGAGCUUAGAAUCUGUCUCUGCAUUGCAAUAAUUCUUAUUUUGUGCAGGACUUGUGGGGUGGUGGUAGAGGCUUGGCAGCUGUGACAAGCUGAGGCCCUACAGCCAAACUGAGGGGUCCUGGCCCAACCAUUAGACAGGAAAUGCCUGACCCCAAGGACAUAUGUGCUAUUCUUGACCAUAAAGAUUGGAAAGAAUCUCAGACUAGCUCUGGCCAGUGGGGUUGUAAAUGGAUUUCUCUGUUGCCUUGGUUUUGAGCCUGUCUCUUUUUUCAAACUGGGUUUCCCUCUCCAGGUAAAAAAGCAGUAACCACAAGGAGGAAACCAUAUUAUUUUAGCUUCUCCUGUCUGGAGAGUGGUCAAUACUUAGCUGCAGUAAUCUUUUAGCUCUGUCUGAAAUUACCGUGCACCUCAUGCAGCAGUCUGCCACUUGGGAGGUUGGCAUUUGGGGUUGGACAGUCUGGGUGUGUGACUGGGAAGUCAGCUGGCCCUUGGGAUGCAGACACAUUCACCCCGUUCACUGGAGGCAUCCCCUGCCAGUAUGGUGAGGUGGAGUUCUUUGCCCUUUUCAUUCUUUCUGACCACAGGCUCACCCAUGAGGAGGCAGGACUCCGAUGGCUGUAUCCCCUGAGAGGCUGGUUGACUGUUUACCCAGUUGGUGCCUGAAGACUGACAAAUGAUUAACCCCCCGGAAUCCCCGGUUAGACCCCAGUUACGGUCAUGAGUUCAGCCUUUAGAGCCGCAGACUUAAAUUGUUUUUCCAGCAUUCUACGCAGCCGGGCGCCCCUGCCGGACUCUGCGAUGGAAACGCUCCCUGGGGAGAGUGGUGCGCAGGGGCCGUGGGAAGUGAAGGGAGGAAGCACUGAGGGCUUCGGGGGAGGCGGGGUCUGAGCCGCGCCGAGGUAGGGAAGGGACCGCCAGAGCAGAGGGGACCGGAAAGGAGCUGCAGCCUGGAGGAGGCCGAGUGGGAGCCGCUCCUGGCCGGCCGCCUGGCCGCUUCCUUCCCGUGACAUGACAGCCCCGCCGGCCUGGCUCCCGGCCACCUGGCAGUGGCUGGCUGUGGCACAUGACUACCUGUCCCGCCUGGAAGGGGGCGGGGAGAGGUCUGCUCUCAGGCGGUGGCUCCCCCAGCCUGGCCAUCCCGCCUGCCCAGGGGCCGCAGGUGGGCCCGCUCCUCUCCGGGGGGUACGCCCUGGCCAGCUGGCCCCUUCCCGGGGAGUGGGACUGCCAUGGCAAGGAGCCAAGAGACGCUGGGGAGAGACCUGACAAUACCUAGGAGCUGUGUCACCUGGGGCUCAACUGGCUGAGCCUCAGUUCUCUUCACGUGUAAAACAGGGUGGAUGACCCUCGGUGCUCACCCGACGGAACUACUGGAGUCAAAUGAGAGGGAUCCGCUCCAGUGCAGGGUCAGCUGCAUUGGGCAUCCCAACGGGAGACCACUGGCUGUGAGCGCCGCACUCCACCACUCCCAUUCCCGCCAGCAGGGGGCGUGACACGGAGGGUCCUGCGCACGAUGCCCCGGAGAAGGACGGCCGGUGGCUCAUCUUCCAGGAAGGUGGGGGAGAGGUGUGUGCUUGUGGGCAUCAACGUCUCGGCAGGAAGCGACGAUGAAUCCUUAAAGUGGUAGCGCUUUUGCUGUUGGAAAGGAAUGGGUUUUGCGUUUCUAUCGGUCCAGAGGGCGCUGUUGGGAGAAGGUGCCAAGAAGCUCAGGCAGUGUGCCAGCUGCUUUUACAUUAACCUUAUAUGAUAAGUGGCAGCAUGCUUAUUUUUAUGGAUGCAGAAUCUCAGGUUCAGCAAGGUUGAGUCACUUGCACAAGGUGAAGUAGCUGACAAAGAACAGGAUUUGAACCCAGGGAUCCCUGGUCACCUCCCUUGUCCUGUUCUUCCUGGAUGGAACGAGAAGAUAAACGGGGCGUGUGUGAAGCCCAGGACUCAGAAGACAAGGGGAUGGGCUCUGAUUUUGAGAACUCUGAAGACAGGGAAGAGGACCCAGAAGACAGAGGAAUGGGCUCUAACCCACAUGACGCAGACAAGAGAGAAUGCCACCUGGAGCAGGAGAUGGGCUCCAACCCACAGGAUGAAGCUCUAAGAGGGGACUCAGAGGAGAGGGUACUAGUGUCUAACAUCUGCACAGAGGGGCUGCUGAGCGAGGAAGAAGGGGUUGCUCUCCGUGAGGAAGAGGAUGACCAAGCUGGAGUAGCUGAGAUGGCGAUGUUCGCAGGGCUGUCUGAGUCCGUCGGCAUUUCCCGGAGCCCCCAGGAAGAGGAGGAAGAGGAGCAGCCGCCUCCUGCCGUGCUUCCCUGGAGGCGGCACCUCUCCCUGGGGAGUCGACACCGGGGUGACAAGCCCGCCCACCGCCGAUUCCGCCGGCUCCACCACCCCAUGGCCAUGGACCUCGGGGAGCUCGACAGCCUGAUGGCCAGCAUCAUGGACGCACCCACCAUCUGCCCCGACUGCGGGGAGAGCUUCAGUCCGGGCGCCGCCUUCCUGCAGCACCAGCGCAUUCACCGCCUGGCGGAGGCCGCCGCAGCCGCCAGCCUGGAGCCCUUCGGCUUCGCUGGCGAGUGCGGCGGGGUGGUGGGGAUGAUGGGCGUGGGCGUGGGCGUGGCGGGGGGCUUCGGGGCGGGGCCCGCGCUGGCCCGGCCCCCGCGCGAGAAGCCCUUCCGCUGCGGGGAGUGCGGCAAGGGCUUCAGCCGCAACACCUACCUGACCAACCACUUGCGGCUGCACACGGGCGAGCGGCCCAACUUGUGCGCCGACUGCGGCAAGAGCUUCAGCUGGCGCGCCGACCUGCUCAAGCACCGGCGCCUGCACACGGGCGAGAAGCCCUACCCGUGCCCCGAGUGCGGCGAGGCCUUCAGCCUCAGCUCGCACCUGCUGAGCCACCGGCGGGCGCACGCGGCGGCCAGCGGCGCGGGGCCGGCGGCGCUGCGGCCCUUCGCCUGCGGGGAGUGCGGCAAGGGCUUCGUGCGCCGUUCGCACCUGGCUAACCACCAGCGCAUCCACACGGGCGAGAAGCCGCACGGCUGCGGUGAGUGCGGCAAGCGUUUCAGCUGGCGCUCGGACCUGGUGAAGCACCAGCGCGUGCACACGGGCGAGAAGCCCUACAUGUGCUCCGAGUGCGGGGAAACCUUCAGCGUCAGCUCUCACCUCUUCACGCACAAGCGCACGCACUCGGGUGAGCGGCCGUACGUGUGCCGCGAAUGCGGCAAGGGCUUCGGGCGCAACUCGCACCUGGUGAACCACCUGCGCGUGCACACGGGCGAGAAGCCUUUCCGCUGCGGCCAGUGCGAGAAGCGUUUCAGCGACUUCUCCACGCUCACGCAGCACCAGCGCACGCACACGGGCGAGAAGCCCUACACGUGCAUCGAGUGCGGCAAAAGCUUCAUCCAGAGCUCGCACCUGAUCCGCCACCGCCGCAUCCACACGGGCAACAAGCCGCACAAGUGCGCCGGCUGUGGCAAGGGCUUCCGCUACAAGACGCACCUUGCGCAGCACCAGAAGCUGCACCUGUGCUAGGGCUGCGCCCGACGGAGGCUGCGCA